UUCUAGACAAAUGUCUGUGUUUUUGGUUGGCAAAAUCUGUAAAAAAACUGUUGUUUGGUACCCUCAGAUAAAAAGUCCUUUGUCAUUUGCUCUGGCUUCCCAUUUGCAUGCAAGGUCGUCUUCGCGCGCAAAACCAUUUACUACCAUGAUUCAGCAUAUUCGUUUAUCGGAAAACUUCUUCUUUAAGCAGCUGUUUGAUAGGGCCAGCUGCACAUAUUCAUAUUUGCUUGCUGACACUGAAUCAAAAGAAGCUAUUAUUGUAGAUCCCGUAAUAGAUUUGGCUGAAAGAGAUGCAAAAAUCAUUGACAACUUAGGAUUAAAGCUGAAGUAUUCAAUCAAUACCCACAUGCAUGCAGAUCACAUUACUGGUUCAGGUAUAUUAAAAAAACUUUUACCAGGUUCUCAGAGUGUGAUUAGCACAGCAAGCCAAGCUUUAGCUGAUAAAUAUGUGGGAAAUGGUGAUAUCCUUCAAUUUGGCAAUCAUAAGAUAGAAGUGAGAGCUACCCCAGGCCAUACAAAUGGUUGCGUUACAUACGUUUGCCAUGACCAAGGAAUCGCCUUCACUGGGGAUACUUUACUUAUUCGGGGGUGCGGUCGCACCGAUUUUCAAGAAGGGAAUUCAGAAAAAUUGUACGAUUCGGUUUAUAAUCAAAUCUUCUCCUUGCCAGAUAACUUUCGCUUAUUUCCAGCGCAUGAUUACAAUGGUAUUAUGGAUACAACUGUUUGGGAAGAGAAAAAGUUCAACCCGCGUCUCACCAAAACUAAAGAACAAUUUGUUGAGAUAAUGAACAAUUUAAAUCUUGCAUAUCCUGCUCAAAUAGACAAAGCAUUGCCGGCAAACAAAGUUUGUGGAUUGUAUAAUUUGCCUCCCGAAAUGGGGGAAAAAUAUAAGUCUUUCCUUCAAAUAGCAUCGCCGUGAAACAAAGUUUGUGGA